CAUGUGUCAACCAAGCGGGCGACGGCUCAGUCACAGUUUGUCACCUCAUUGUUUCUUCGUGGUAACAGGUUUCUUUGCCUUUCUUCAUUAAAAUGGACAGUGCUUUUGAUAACCUGGAUGCAGCUGGUUUCCUGGAAAUCUGGCAACACUUUGAUGCAGAUGAUAACGGUUACAUCGAGGGCAAUGAGCUAGAUGACUUUUUUCGUCACAUGAUGAAGAGACUGGGUCCGGAGGAGAAUGUGACAGAUGAGAGAGUCCAGAAGCUGAAACAACGGUUUAUGUCCGCCUAUGAUGUCACAGCUGACGGGAAACUACAGAUUCAGGAGUUGGCCAAUAUGAUCCUCCCUGAAGAUGAGAACUUCCUGUUAGUUUUCCGUAGAGAAGCUCCUCUGGAUAACAGUGUAGACUUCAUGAAGAUAUGGAGGAAGUACGAUGUUGACUGCAGCGGCUAUAUAUCAGCUCUGGAGCUCAAGGCUUUCCUGAAGGAUCUGUUCCAAAAACAUCUCAAGGAAGUGUCAUCUGAUAAGCUGGAUGAGUACACAGACGCAAUGAUGAAAAUCUUUGACAAAAACAAGGAUGGCUGUUUGGAUUUGAACGACUUGGCCAGGAUCUUGGCCUUACAGGAGAAUUUCCUGCUCCAGUUUCAAAUGGAUGCCUGCAGUAAAGAGGAGAGAAAGAAAGACUUUGAGAAGAUCUUUGACCAUUACGAUGUUAGUAAGACAGGAGCACUGGAGGGUCCUGAAGUGGACGGCUUUGUCAAAGACAUGAUGGGGCUGGUCAGGCCCAAUCUCACCAGUCCCGAGCUGGACAAGUUAAAAGGCAUCCUGCUACGUCACUGUGACGUCAACAAGGAUGGAAAGAUCCAGAAAAAUGAGCUGUCUCUGUGUCUGGGAGUUAAACCUAAACUUGGUUAAGAGUGCUGUAAUAUAUAUAGAUAUCAUGGAACUGAUUGCAUGUUUUUUCAAUCAGACUGGUCUAAUUACUGGCUUUUUUAAGGUUGAUGUUCAUAGUCAGUUCAGUCUUAAAAUGGUAAACACAAUCUGAUAAUGGGGGAAGAAAACAUGUAUAUAUAUCUAUAUCUAUGUAGAUAUAUAUUUGUUUCUUCCGCAUGUAGUGAGAUGAGACAAAAGAUAUAUAUAUAUAUAUAUUCUAGGUAAAAUGACUGUGUUGUGGUGUAUGAAUCAAUUUGUUUAAAAGUUUUUCAUUAUAAUAUGAAGUUUUUCAUUGUUUGUUACUCAUAUUUGUUGGCUUACGUUUAAUUUUAGCUACGUGCAUGUUUCUGUGCAAAGGUAGACUGAAUCAAGUACAGUAUGUUGUAAUAUCAUUAUAAUGCAUUGCAGAGGAAAUAAAGCAAUGAGCAUAAUAAUU